CUCAAUUCUCUCCCCGCCGUGUCAAUCGCCUCCUCCAAUUUCUCUCCCUCUCUCUCUCUCUCUCUCUCUCUCUCCGCCGCCGCAGCGUCUCCUCCGGUCUCCAUCAACUCAUCCAUGGCUUCUUCCACCCUGAAUCGUUGGCUGAGGCCCGAGGUUUACCCGCUGUUUGCGGCGGUGGGGGUCGCGGUGGGGAUCUGCGGGUUCCAGUUGGCGCGCAACCUCUGCAUCAACCCUGAAGUGAGAGUUAGCAAGGAAGGAAGGGCGGCGGGAGUGCUCGACAACUUUGCCGAGGGGGAGAAGUAUGCUCAGCACGGUCUUAGGAAACUCGUUCGCAACCGAACCCCGGAGAUCAUGCCAUCUAUCAAUAAGUUCUUUACUGAUCCUAAGUGAAGCAUUUUUGGCUUGUGAGCCAGUAGAAUGAUCAUCAUUUGAACUUCUAUUUCUUAUCUCUGCUCGUCAAAUCAUUCAAAUGACUUGGAAUGGCGAUGAGAGUGUAGACUCAAAUUGAGUACUCGUGUAAUAAUCUAUGCGUAUAAACCGGAUAAAGACAACUGCUAGUUAAAAGUUCAAAACUCGGUGAUUGUCGUUAAUGACGUGAAUAUUUGUUAAGUUUGUUCUUUUUAUAGUUUUGGAGUCUCCAUAUAUUGUUCGGUUUGAUCAUUGGAUAGUGAUCAAAUUGUUUACAAAA